UGCUACUAUCGGGAUCAGACCUGAGACAUCAUCAUCAGUUCUGAUGCUAAUAAUGCGAUCUUUACCGUACAUUUUACUUAUUCGACAUAUAGGUACAUUUCAUGAGCUAGUGACUAUCUCACUUCAAUUCCAAAUGGAGGGCGCCGCGCCCGCACUGCCAUGGAGCUCUUGGUCCUGCGCCGACGUGGGGCAAUGGCUGUGUGCGCAGGGCUUUCAAGAGCACGUGGAGCUCUUCGCCGCCAACAAGAUAUCGGGCGCCAUCCUGCCAGAACUCACUCGCAACGCGCUUCGUGACGAUUUAGGCAUCGCGGCCUUCGGGGACCGAGUGCGGAUCUCGCAAGCCAUCGAGGCGCUGAUUGCAUCUUCAUCCGCAGGCGAGUCUGCACCAUCGCCGACUUCAAUUUCGGCCACGACAACUUCAACGAUGACAACUUCGCAGCAACUUAAUCAAGCCUGGUUGCCUCGCGACGAUUACGCGCUGGACCUCGUGGUGCUUCACGCGGCGCCGCUCGUGAUCAAGGACAGCCGCCAUCGCAUUUAUCCUAUGGAGAAACUGGAUCUGGAGGCGGAGCGCAGGGAGAUCAGCAACUCGCUGCUUACGGACGUGCAACAUAAGGCCAUCCACGUGCGGUUCGACAUCGCCACUGCGGAUAUCCUGCGCAGCCUCAUGACGGCCUGGAAGUGCACAGUACUGCACUUCUCGGGUCACGGACUGGGUCAGCGAGCGGCUCUUUGCUUCGAAGAUGGAGUAGGUUGCACGCAUUUAAUCACGCCCGAUGCACUGCGACAGUUGAUGUUCUCGGGUGAUAGAAGACAGCAGCAAGUGCCAGGAGCGGCGCCGGUGGAGAUGAAGACGGUCGACUCUGGCAUUACAGGACCGAAACCGUUGGAUGGCAACGUGCAGCUUGUGUUCGUCAACGCGUGCCAUAGUCAGAAGGUCGCGUCAGUGUUCUUGAACGCUGGGAUUCCACACGUCGUAGCGGUGCAUUCCGACUCACUUGUGGUCGAUGCGUCGGCUACCAUGUUUGCAAAACAUUUUUAUUUAUCAUUAUUUCACGGACAUACAGUAUCGACGGCAUUCGAGAUCGCGAAAGGUGCUGUACGUGCGCUACCUACUCAGAAGAGAGCUGCAUGCUGUUGCGCGUGAGUUCAUUUUAGUGUCUGUAGGCUUAUGUACCCAAUACUAAAUUGUUUUUAUGUUGCGAUUGCUGUACAGACAUCUCCACGAGCCGACGUGCACGUGGAUGCGUGAUGGAUCGCGGCAUUCGCAACACAGCGCAACUCAAUGCUGUUGCAAGGGUCACGUGUUAGCAUUCCCGCACGACGAAUCCAGUAAAUUCUUACUGCUGGGUACGGCUCCACACGACGUUGUGCUGUUUGGUGAUAUCCCGAAUGGAAAACUGCGCGACUACACACCACGUUAUCCAUCUAACAUUCCGUCGAUGCAUGGCCAGUUUAUCGGCCGCAAUACUGAAACUUAUCUUAUGGUUAAAUCUCUACGCGAGAAUGCCGUGACAGCGUGCUUGGGUGCGCCAGGCAUCGGAAAGAGCUCUCUCAUUAUUUCGGUCGCACACUUUGUGCAUAGUCGUCGAAUGUUUCCUGAUGGAGUAUUUUACGUGGAUUUGGAAGGCCAGAAGCUCUCAACUGUGCGUUAUGCCAUCGCACAGAGCAUUGGUAUGCCCGCAGCGGACACAGACGAAGAAGUAUUCGCAGAGUUGGGGACCAAGAACUGCUUGCUCGUGCUGGACAAGGUCGAGGAACUGCUGGACGAAGAUGAAAACAAGGGUGAAGAACUGCUCCACCAGCUUAUUUCCGUUGCCCCAAACUUGAAAUUGCUUCUUGCCUCGCGUCGCAACAUGCAUAUUCCCAGCGUUACCCCUUACUCACUUUCAAUCUCGGAGCUCCCGCUGCAUACGGCGACGGAGUUGCUAUGUCUUGUUGCCCCUGGUUGUUCAACAAGCCUAGCUGAGCGCUUGGCAAGGAUUUGUGGAUGCCUCCCACUUGCUAUCCGCGUUGUGGGCCGUGCGCUUGCUAAUGCGCGAAUGACUGUUACUCCUGAGCGGAUGAUCGAGUACUUAGAGCGCGAUGAACACAGGUUCGAGACAAUCAGGGAACUCAACCAAGUGGGCCAUAAAGAGUGUGUGGAUCGAUGUAUCCGCUCAUCCUUUUGUCAUUUAGACGAGCCGUUGCGGUUAGCCUUCAUGGCUUUCGGAUUCUUUCGGGGUAGCUUCGAGAUUGAAGCUGCAGAAGCCGUCCUUUCAAGUGUUUUGACCGAACAGAAUGCUGCUGGAAAGUUAGCGGGAGGCAGUGGUUAUUCCCUGACGUCUUCAUCUUUAAGUGGUUCUGGAGGUACGACAACAAGUGCUUCAAGCACGACAUACUUCCCUGCUGAAGCGUAUGCGAAGAGCAAUCGAAGUCGCAAUCGAGAUGAUGACGCUUCCUCUGUUCGCAGUCUUGGGUCUCAACUUUCGAACAUGGAUGGCUUUGGUUUCGACAACGACGGAGCCAUGACAAACGACAGCUACGACUUGCUCGAUCUGGAAAGUAGCGAAGAGGUGAACGCUCGUGAAGUAAUCGUCCCCUCGGCAAGUGUAGCUCUCGAGCUUCUUCACCAGUGGUCACUCGUGGAAUUCGACUCCAAGACGAAUCGGUAUCGGAUGCACAAUCUCGUGCAGCUUUUUGCUGAGGAGGAAGCUGGUCGAAUGGGGGACGAGUGCUUUGCUGAUCCAGCAUCUACGUCGAGUCCCAACUCUGCUCCUUCGUCCUUUGUCACGGCAUCAAUGGGUGCUCCACCCACAAGCAUCCCGCUGGGAAAAGAGCUGCUUCUCACGUGGAAGCGGCGCUUUGUGCGCUACUACUGUAUGAUCGUUGCCAAGGCAUCGCACGCAUACCGUUUUGAUGGCACGUUAGCGCUUUUCGACAAGGAACGCGCGAAUAUUGAAUCGGCUAUGAGGUUGGCUCAUGAACUCACACAGCAGAGCAUUGAACAAGUACGUGAGAGCAACCGCCGUACCCAACAAGAUCUCGUAAGUGGCCAGCUUGACGAAGCCCCUGCAAGUUCAGCCAGUGCGAUGAGGUCAAAGAGCGAGCCAUCGUUUUUCAUGGAUGAUGGCACCACACCCAAACCAAGUAUGGAACGUCACAGCAGAAGUUUUGCUGGAAAUACAAGCAAUAGUAGCAACAGCAGCAGUGGUGUUGGAUUUGGCCGGAGAUCCACAGGAGCAGCGACGCUUAAUAACUCCUCCAUCGUCGACGCGCUUCUGUACAGCAAUUUGGUCGUGCGCUGUCGGUUCAUUUUUCGAGCACGCGUGGAGCCCCGACGCCGUAUCCAGGUGGUAUCCUCAUGUUUGCAGCUUUCAAGAGAGACGCGCUCGUUGAAUUGUACGUGUGGUAACCGAGAAAACGAUCCUGCAACGCUGCUAUGGGACGUGGAAGAGGCAAAGUUCGACCGCGAGCUGUCGCUGUUGGACAAGUUACCAUCGUUUGAGGAGCCGCAACUGCCCGCUGCUGCAGCUGCGGCACAUGAUCGUUGUACCUGCGUGGGUAUUCGUGAGCUCAUCGCUUUGGAAGCUUUGCUAUUGACGGACUUAGGCUACGCAUGUUGCGAUGUCACUGACUGGGUGGCGGCUGAGUAUCAUUAUCUCGAAUCGUUACGAUUGCAGCGAGAGGUUCUAGGUUGGUCGGAACAUCCGCAAGUAGCGGAAGUGCUGAACCAGUUUGGUAUUUGCCUCAGUACGCGAUGGGGAUACCUUGCGCAUAAUGUUUGGCUGCUGCAGCACGCGGAGCGCUUAUUGAAAGGAGCACUUCAAAUGCGAAGCCGAGUGUUGAGCAAGAAUCACCCGGAAUACGCUACAAGUCUGAACAAUUUGGCCAACUUUUACAAGAAUUAUCCAACCGCUGGAAAGCGUCGGUCUCCGUCGGCAGCACAGCGCGAAGAAGCCCGAGAUUCAAGAAACCGGCAUAUGCGGGGAGGAAAAAAUAGUGGGCGGAGAGGUGGAGGUGCCCGCUCUGGCUCCAGUCCAAGCCCAAGCAGAUCAAAUACCAGCAGUGAAAGCCUGAAGAGCGCUAGCCAAGAUAGUGCUACGAACCAUGCCGAGGCCCCGGGCAAAAGUACAACAAGUUCAAACGCUGAGGGAGAGCCACAACCCGAUAUUGCGAGCAUGUAUCGUCAAUCGCUCAAGAUCCGCGAGAUAACACUUGGUGAAAACCACCCACAAGUUGCACAGUCGCUGAAUAAUUUGGCAUUGUAUUUGUCCAAUCAGCUCGAAACGCAACAACUGAGGUAAGUAGAGAGACCACACCGUAACAGCAAUGGGGGGCGCUGAUUGCUGCUUUUUGUUUACAGUGAGGAGGAGCUAGCUACGCAGCGGGCCGAAAUUGGACGUUUAUAUGAACGAGCAUUACGGAUUCGUCGGAGUAGACUUGGAAACGCAAGUUUCGAGACGGCUGCUACGCUCAACAACAUGGGCAAUUUCAAGCGCCUGGCGAAAGAUUGGCGUGGAGCAGAGGAAAACAUCAAGGAGGCACUGCAGAUUACGGAUCGCUAUUUCAAUGACAUUAGCCCUCGCGCCGCUCGAAUUUUCAUUAAUCUUGCCCGCGUGUAUCGAGAUCAGGUACGAUAUUUUUUUUCUUCUAAGAUUUCGUGAAGCUCAUCGAUUUAUUUUAUACUCCUAGAAACUCUAUGAGGAGGCUAUUGCUGCGUACAAGAAAGCACAAGAUAUCCGUCAGCAGCUCUUUCCUGACACCCGCGACGUUGGGUUUUGUAUCGGUACGAUAUAUUAGAUCCUGGUAGUUACGUAUUCCUUAUCCUGUGCUAAAUCUUGUCCAUCCUACCAGAGCAAAUUGGAAAGUGCUUACGAUUGCAAGGAAUGGAAGAGGAGGGCAAAGCUGUGGAAGAAAGAGGUCGGCAGAUGAAAAAGCUUGGACUUUCAGCACUGGAACAAGACGAAAUGGGGCAAGACGAAAGCAGCAGCAGCAUGAGUGGCGAAACCAACAGCUUCAAACAUGCAGUGCUAAGUGGAGACAGCGUUGAGAGCUCUGUGUCCUCGGGUCACUUGUUUGCAAAAGUCAACGUGUACGACAGCGUCGACGCUGAGGCGCUUGUUUCACGCAAGUUCAAUUUCCCGGGCAAGUUGCUGGGCGAGCGCGGCAUACACUUGAAAAAGAUCGAGGCGAUUGCCUGCGCUCAGCUGCGUUACUUCGGACCGUGGCCACAGACAUUGAGUAAGUGGGGCAAGGGCCGAGGUGAUGGCAAAAAGGAGAUUUCCCAGCAGUCGAUGCCAGAAGCUUACAUCCAGAUUACCAGCACUUCCGAGGCGGCGUUGGAACGUGCAAAAGAGCAAUCUGUGCUGCUUUUACGCGAGAUGAAGCUUUCGUGGGAACGGUUUCUGGCUCGCACGGCUGCGCAUCAGGGUGGUGCUGGGCAUCGCGGCCAGCCGCCUCCACUUCAUCAUCAACAUGGUCGAGGUGGUGGUGCCAGUCGUGGAGGAGGAAGGGGUCGACAUUUGCACUUGCAUCGAACUCCAAUUUCGGCGCAACUUCCACGAUCAAGUAGCGCUGCCGGUGGAGCGUGGGGUAGUAUAACAUGACGUUCGUGUACGUAAAUGCGUAUAAGUGAAAGUGAACAGCCUACGUGUAGCAGAAAAUGGUGGAAAUAACGUUUUAAGAUCCAUGUAUGGUAGCAGAAACAUAUCUGUGGUUGACUCAC